GGUUGUUCGAUAACAAGACCGCUGGCGGAACCUUUUAGCACGAUUUGAUUUGUGGUCUGAUCAUCCAUCUUGAGACGAGGGGGUUCGCGGUGCUGACUGACUGCCCAAUGACGAAACUUCCCAAGUCCUACCACAUCCGGUUCAAAGCUUCUUGAUUGUUAUUUUUGUCCACCACAAAUUAAACUCCAAGCUGUGAACGACAACAAAGGCUUCAGAGGAAAGAUCCUUUGCGACAAUCCUUACAUUGCCAAACCGGCUGCUUGACUUGCUUACAUUUGUUGGACGUCCGGUCAUGGCCGCCUCAGCUCUCCUGAAGAGCCGUUGCCGGCGGGCUAGCUACCUCAAUAAGCUUUGCAAGGCUGAAGACCUCAUUGAUCUCUUCCCAAACGGUACUUAUAUCGGGUGGUCAGGAUUUACAGGUGUGGGCUAUCCAAAGAAGGUCCCGACGGCUUUGGCUGAUCAUGUUGAGAAAAACAACCUUCAGGGGCAGCUCAAGUACAACCUUUUUGUGGGCGCCUCGUCAGGAGCCGAGACCGAGAAUCGAUGGGCCAACCUCAACAUGAUUGAGCGACGAGCACCUCAUCAAGUAGGAAAGGAGAUUGCAAAGGGUAUCAACAACGGCAACAUUAAAUUUUUCGACAAACAUCUUAGCAUGUUUCCCGUUGACUUGAUGUACGGUUUCUACACCAAAAACAAGGCCAACAACAGGUUGGAUGUAGCCAUCGUCGAGGCGUCCGCUAUCACAGAAGAUGGAGGUAUCAUUCCCGGAGCCAGCGUGGGAGCUUCUCCUGAAAUCAUUCAAAUGGCCGACAAGAUCAUUAUCGAGAUAAACACUGCUGCUCCCAGCUUUGAAGGUCUUCACGACAUCACGAUGACGGAUCUGCCGCCACGGAGAAAGCCAUACCUCAUCAUGUCACCCGAAGACCGCAUAGGCACGCCGCAUAUCCCUGUUGAUCCCGAACGAGUGGUCGCAGUCGUGGAAUCGGAUUACCCUGAUCAGACCACCGAGAAUGCACCCGAAGACGACACAUCAAGAGCAAUUGCCUCUAACCUUAUCGAAUUCUUGCAACACGAGGUCAAGCACGGCAGACUUCCCGCCAACCUCCUACCUAUUCAAUCUGGCAUUGGAAACAUUGCCAAUGCCGUCGUUGGUGGUUUGGCUAAAGGAGGAGCCAACUUCAAGAAUCUGAAGGUCUGGACUGAAGUUUUGCAAGAUUCUUUCCUGGAUCUCUUCGACAGCGGAAACUUGGAUUUCGCAACCGCAACGUCAAUUCGGUUCUCCCCGGGAGGCUUCAAGAGAUUCUAUGAUGGGUGGGAACAAUAUCAUGCAAAACUUCUCCUGCGAUCUCAACAAGUGUCCAACUCACCCGAAAUCAUCCGCCGCUUGGGUGUGAUCGGCAUGAACACGCCGGUGGAGGUCGACAUCUAUGCUCAUGCCAACAGUACCUGUGUGAUGGGCUCCCGUAUGCUCAACGGUCUUGGUGGAUCAGCAGAUUUCCUGCGAUCCGCAAAAUAUUCCAUCAUGCACACACCUAGUACUCGGCCGUCGAAGACCGAUCCUACCGGUGUUAGCUGCAUUGUGCCGAUGUGCACCCACGUGGACCAGACUGAGCACGAUCUAGAUGUCAUCGUCACUGAGAUUGGUCUGGCCGACGUUCGAGGCAUGUCUCCGCGUGAACGAGCACGUGAGAUCAUCAAGCACUGUGCACAUCCAGACUACCGACCAAUUCUCGAAGAUUACUUCAACAAGGCAGAGUUCGAAUGUUUGAGGAAAGGCAUGGGUCAUGAACCUCACUUGCUGUUCCAGGCGUUCGAUAUGCACAGGAACUUUGCCGAGAACGGAACGAUGAAGAUCAGCGGCUGGAAAUAAAUAGCCUCGACAACUCUAGGUCAUCAAGAAAGGCAUCUCUUGUUGAAACUGUUGACAGAAAUGCUGCAUGGCUGUUGUAUUUCAAAGCCCCUGUUGCCACGAUGGUACCCGGUGGGAUCAAGGCCUGACAACAGG